AUGUCUCUCCCACCAAAUGUCCACGUCUCCUCCCACCCCUGUCUCCAAGCCAAGCUCUCUCUUAUCCGCUCAUCUUCCACCACCCCGCGUGAAACAAGAGGCUUGGUCCAUGAUAUUGCCAACAUCCUGGGCGUGGAAGCUUUCUCGGGGCUGAAGUUGGUCAAAACAGGAACGGACACCACCCCCCUCGGAAUUGAGUAUGAAACCCAGGGCAUUGACCCAGAAGACCUAGCCCUAGUGCCAAUUCUCCGAUCUGGCCUAGGAAUGGUUGAUGUCCCAGUCUACCACCUGGGCCUGUUCCGCGAAAAGGUCUCUCUCCAACCCGUAGAAUACUACAACAACCUCCCCUUCCACCGGUCGGAGCUGUCGCCAGCCUCGCCAGCUUCUCUGAAUCCAACCACCAACACCGCAGCUGCAAGCCUGGCUGUGCUGCUGGACCCGGUUAUCGCUACUGGUGCGACAGCUGAGGCGGCGAUCCAGUUGCUGCGCGAUUGGGGUGUUAAGAAGGUUAUUAUGCUUAGCUUGCUUGCUUCGAAAGAGGGGGUUAAGCGUGCUGCGGGGACUUGGGGUGAGGUUGAGAUCUGGGUUGGUGCCAUUGAUAAGGGUGUUGAUGAGAAGGGCAUGAUCGUGCCUGGUAUUGGGGAUAUUGGUGAUCGAUUGUUCGUUGCGAUUGGAAAGUAG